ACAGCAAGAGAGCUUUGCCGGUGUGUGUCUCUCCUCUCCUCACUUCCCUGCCAGCGUGCAGAGAGGAGCCACUUCAGCUCUGAGCUCGACACCUCAACCGUCACAGACACCAUGAAGGCAGCGGCGACUGCUGCGCUACUAGGGAUGGUUCUCUGCUGCCUCUUGCCUGGGACGCUCUCUGCCAACAAUCUCUCUAAAAGGAAAUUACAGGAGGAGAGGAAGAAAGAAGCUCCUCCCUCAUCCACAGUAAAACUUACCAAGGAAGGGAACGAUGUUAAAAUGGAAGGACUUGAAGGCAAAGAUAAAGGAGGGAACGCAAAGCCUGAACUGAAUAAACCAGCGUCACCGGAUGAGGAUGUGUCGGCAAAAUUUUCUCCUGAAAAACCUCAAAAGGGAAAAAAGAAGUGCAAACCUAAAGGGCCUUGCAAGCAGAAGAAAGGCAAGUGCAGGCAGCGAUGCAAAGGAAAGGAGACGAGCUUGGGGCCUCUGUGCAAACCAGAGAGAAAUAGAUGCGUCUGCUGUGUUCGCGGCAAGAAGAAGAAGAAGAAGUGCUCGCAGAAGGGAAGCUGCAAGGGUGUAGGGCGAUGCAAAAAACGUUGUAGGAAAGGAAAGGAGCAGCAGGUGCCUCAUAAGACCUGCAAAACCAAGGGCUGUCUUUGCUGUGGUCCCAUCAAAACAGGCCAAUGUCCCCUUGACCUCGGCUGCAAGGCAAAAGGCGGCAAUUGUAAAGCGAGCUGUGAUGAUGACGACCUGAAGCUGUCUGGACUCUGUCAGCACUGCUCCUGUUGUGUUCCUCCACGUCCGUGUUCCCUUGAUCUCGGCUGCAAGGCGAAAGGCGGCACUUGUAAGUCGAGCUGCGGUGGUGGCGAGCUGAAGUUGUUCGGCCACUGUGACGCCCACUGUUCCUGUUGUGCUGCUCCACCCUCGUGCUCCCGCCAUUCCAUCUGUAAUGUGAAAGGUGGCACUUGCAAGGAGCGCUGCGGUCCAGGCGAGCAGAAGUUAACUUGGCAGUGUGACGCCCAUUGCUCUUGUUGUGGCCGUGCAACCGGCUGCGCAACUGGUCCCACAUGUAAUGCAAAAGGCGGCACGUGCAAAGCGAGCUGCGGUGAGGGCGAGCAGAACUUGCCCUGGCUGUGUGACACCCAUUGCUCUUGUUGUGUCUCUGCACGCGGCUGCUCUCCUCAUGCCACAUGUAGUGCGAACGGCGGCACUUGCAAGGCGAGCUGCGGUGAGGGCGAGCAGAAGUUGUCUUGGCAGUGUGACGCUCAUUGCUCUUGUUGUGGCUCUGCACAGUGUAAGGAAGUAAAGGAUUGUUCCGAGAGGGGUGGCAAGUGUGUCAAGGACUGUCCCAAAGGCAAGAUUGUACCGGACCUGUGUGACAACAAGGAGGGCUGUAAAUGUUGCCUGCCUGCCUCUCCAUGUGCGGCCCACCCCGAUUGUACCAGGAAUGGAGGUUACUGCGCUCCGAUUUGCGAAGGAGGAAAGGCUCUGCCAGGACUGUGUCACACCAAGGAUUGCAAAUGCUGCUACUUUCCCUUGUGCAAACUGGAACCCGAUUGCCAGAAAGUGGGAGGCCUUUGCACUACUGACUGUUCUGAAGGCAACGUGAUCAAGGAUCUCUGCAGAGGGAAGGACUGUCAGUGCUGCGUGCCUCCUUCCGCCUGCAAACACACGGCAAAGUGCACCAGCAAGGGCGGCCACUGCUCCGAAACGUGUCCGGAAGGAAAGACGCUCCCUGACCACUGUGACGGGAAGAACUGCCAGUGUUGCCUCCCUGUCCAGUGUCCUACCGACAUCUCUUGCUCUGGGGUGGGGGGUUACUGUACCAAGACCUGCUGUGAGGGAGCCCAAGUGACCGACCGCUGCGGGGACGAUGGAUGCGUCUGUUGCAUACCUCCGCCAAUCUGUGAGCCAAAAAGCGAGUGCACGGACAAGGGAGGCCACUGCGUCAAGGACUGCUCCGAAAAGAACUCGCUGCCAGAUCUGUGCAACGAAGACGAGGGCUGUACAUGCUGUGUGGAGUCGAAGUGCGAAGAUGAAGACUGCACGGGAGUGGGAGGAUUCUGCACUGAAUUUUGUCGCGUUGCGGGCACAAACAUUCCCGGCCAGUGUGGGUCAGGGGCGGACUGUGCUUGUUGCAGUCCACCGGCCGUGUGUCCACCCACCUCUCGCUGCACGAAGAAGGGAGGCUACUGUUCCAAAGAUUGCGACAUUUGGUUCUUUGUCGACGAGUUGUGUGACGGAGAAGACUGCAAGUGCUGUUUUGCCCCGAAGUGCAAGCCAAAGGGCAAGUGUACCGAACUGGGAGGAUUCUGUACCACCAACUGUCCAGAGGGAUUCUCCAAGCAGGAGUUCUGUGAGGAAGACCGUUGCAUCUGCUGCCUACCUCCACUCGCGUGUCCACCCGCUAUCAAGUGCUCGGCGGCGAGCGGUCGAUGCACUCAGACUUGUCCCACCCUGAAGAAAGUGGCCGCGUUGUGUGAUGGAGAGAACUGCGGGUGCUGUUUCUCUCCACCGUGCGCGGUCAAGAAAAGCUGCUCGGACCUGGGAGGGCGGUGUGCCAAGACUUGCUCCGAUGGUCAGGUGGAGGUGGACGGCGACCGUUGUGAGGGCGAGAGAUGCAAGUGUUGUGUCAAACCUCAGUGCAACCCUAAAUCCAAGUGCACGAAAAAGGGCGGCUACUGUGCCUUCAGCUGUCCUGACCCCGACCUGGAGCUAGAUCUGUGCGACGAUGGCUGCAAAUGUUGCUUCCCUCCCCGCAAAUGUAAGGACAACACAAAUUGCGAGAAUGAAAAAGGAGUCUGCAUCACCAACUGUCCCAAUGGGAGAAGUAGCUUCCUGGUGAGGAGUAUCGUAUCCGACUGUGAUGGGGAUGACUGCACCUGCUGUAAACAUAAACACUGUGAACAAAAGUCUGGCUGCUCAAACAAGGGCGGCUUUUGUACAGAGUCGUGUCCUGACGAGAACAAAGUGGAAGGCUUGUGCUUCGGUACUGAUUGCGUGUGUUGCCUCUCCCCCAAAUGUGACCCGGCGGACGACUGCACAAAGCUGGGAGGGUUCUGUGCCAAGACUUGCCCUGAAAAAACCGUCAAAGAAGAGAAAUGUGAAGACGACUGCAAGUGUUGUAUUCCUGAACCCGUGUGUGAAACCAAGAGUGACUGCUCCGAGAAGGGAGGCCGCUGCGUCGAGACCUGUAGGGGACAAGAGAUCGAUGGCCUGUGUGGUGAGCAGCGGGGAUGCAAGUGUUGUCUCGAGCCUGACUGCCAGCCGGCGAACACCUGCUCAGAGAUCGGUGGGUAUUGCAGCAACCAAUGUGGCGAAGGGGAGACUCAAGCAGACCUAUGUAGUGAGGAGGGCUGCACGUGUUGCUAUGUACUAGAUUGCGAAGCUAAGAACGACUGCACCGAGAAGGGAGGUUACUGCACCAAAGACUGUCCAGAUGGCCAGGACUUCCCGGGUUUGUGUAAGGGAGAAGGCUGCGUCUGCUGCUUCUCUUCAGAGUGCUCGGCGGAGAAAGACUGCACUGAUGUCGGAGGGUACUGCACCCAUAACUGCAUCGAGGGCACAGAGGUGGAGAAGCGGUGCAAAGAGACCGACUGCCGCUGCUGCGUGCCGCCGCGUGUCUGCGAACCCAAGAGGCAAUGCACGGACCGGGGAGGCUUCUGCGCGCUGACCUGUGAGGAUGGCAUGAGUGUGGAUGCCGAUCUGUGUGACGGGGAGGGCUGUGUCUGCUGCUUCCCUCUUCAGUGCAGCACUACAUCCUCCUGCAGCGCCGCAGGAGGUUUCUGCUCGCGAGACUGCCUUGACCUGGCGUCUGUGGAGGGAGAUUGUGGCGAGGGUUGCCAGUGCUGCAUUCCCGCUUCUGCCUGCAAAGCCAGGCCCGCCUGCACGAUGUUGGGCGGCUGCUGCGUGACUGAGUGCGAAGAAAGCAAGGAGGUCUCGGGGCUUUGUGAGGACCGAGACUGCAAGUGUUGCUUCUCUCCUCAGUGCAAGUCUACCCUAGAGUGCACUACCUCAGGUGGAUUCUGUAGCAAGGAGUGUGCAGGGAACGUGUUGCCCAUUAAAUGUCAAGACAGGGACUGCCAGUGCUGCUCCCUCAGCCAGUGCGUGGCCACCGCAGAGUGCUCCGAUGUGUGGGGAGUCUGCGCAAAGUCCUGCUCAGGCCCUGCUUUACCCGGGUUGUGUAAGGAAGGAUGCAGCUGUUGUCUGUCUCCUCCUGCGUGCCCCCCCAAGGAUGAAUGCACCAAAAAGGGAGGCCACUGCUCCCUUAACUGUGCGGGCGGCAGAUCCCUGUCAUUCUUGUGUGACGGGGACUGCCAGUGUUGCUUCUCUAACACAUCACCAGACUAAGAUUGCUACGUAGAUCAGCGACUUCCCUCUGCUUUACUCUCUCAUGGAGGAAAGACCUGAAAAUGAAAUGAAAUUGUUGCUGCGGUGUUGUGUGAAGUGAGGAGCACGAGUUUUGAAUGUUAUUCACUAAUCAUCGAUUUGUUUUCCCAGAGAGUUGUAUUGUCAGGACGCUUUUUCAAAACAAACCCCACUAGCUUAAUUAUAUAUGAUGUUUGGCUCUUUCCAGAAAGUCUGCGUUUUAUGUUUUUGUUUUAAGAUUCGCCCGAUGCAUCCAAUUUAAUGAACAUGCUUCCUGCUUUUCAUAGCUUCUAUAUUACAUAUAUUAAGCACGUGCUGAAACUGUACUUAAUAUGACUGUUCCAUAUUGUUUGCAUGAAAUAUAUAAUGACAGUGAAUAGC